UGCGUGCGUGCAGACUUUAACUCCAAGCGAUGAACCUUCCAUAGCCCCAGUGGAUGGUGCCCCAUCUCUCACCAGAUUGAUUUCUUUCAAAAAUAAUCAAUGCUGCUUUGAUUCAUGGAAAUAAUUAAGUUCUUGAAGCAGUAAAGUUCAAACCCUAGCCAUCGAUUACUAUUAUUGUGUUUAUUUAUAUUGUGUGAUUCCUAGCAGACUUAAUUGGAUAAUGUUUUCUUUUUGCAGGGUGAAGCGAACUUGAAUACGUUUCGUGGAAUUUUGGCAAUUACUCAACUACUAACUAAAAUAGAAGGCCUGGUGGUUCCAGUGGUUCCAUCGACACAUGGUGUGUCAGCAUUUGCCUAUUUACCUGAAGGGCCUGCCAAGAGGGUCGCCAAUAUCAGUGUGCUUUGUGCUACAGAAAUGGAUUUUUAAAAACUUGUAGCACAUGGUGUCCUGGGAAUCCUGGCUAUGUAAAUUUCACCUCCCCUAUUCAAAGAUAUGUGGACCUGCUACCUCAUUAUCAGGGGAAGUGUUGGUUAUGCUAGUGUGCAUACUCACUUGGGAAGAAAUGGAAGUAGGAGAGGAACACUAUAUGCUCAACAAUCAUACAAAGUAAAUGAUGCAUUUCCUUCCAAAUGGAUAGACGAAAAGUUGAUUGAGUGUUUCUAUGUCACAUCCAUGGUUACUGCUGGAAGUCGAUUGGCAGUCUUCAUGUACCGAUAUCCUAUUUUUAUAGAUUAUGAAGCAAACACAAGGAUGGACUCACUAUGAACCAUGAAGACAGGGAUCCACAUCAACUGGAUGAUUUAGCUCUCAUUUUGUAUAACUGAUGUAUCAUAGUUGCAUCUUUUAACUGUCCUUUUGUGAACCUGAUGUAUGGUGUCUUGGCGGUUAUGUCUAGAAUAGACUGAAGUGUAUGUACGUGACAUGGUGUCUUGGUGAUUAUGUCUAGAAUAGACUGAAGUGUAUGUAUGUGACAGUUAAAUGGAAUAAAAAAAUGUUUGGUGCA